AUUAUAAGUAUCCAGAAAUGUAUAGUGAUCGUGAAGCAUCAUCGCGUGACGUUCGUUGUCACCACAUGUUUGUUUUGCAGUAAGCUAUAAGCGGCUCAGUGUGUUACUGAACGUUUGUUGCAAACUGUAUUCGCCAUUGCGAAGCCGUGUUCGUUCAUUACCGCGAGUUAUUUGUUUAUAAGUGAUAGUGAUUUAUUAAUUUAUAAGUGAACUAAUAUCAACACCUUACUGCUUCUGCAAUCAUGCCUCAGAGCAACGGUGCAACGAAUGGACAUACCAAACACAAUGGUACAUCUGACGAAAUCGGCGCAGACACUAGGUACCCCGAUGGUACGGUGCGUCUGCGGAACCCAAAUAUCGAACUCAUGGACCAAGAUAUUCUUUAUCAUUUAGCUCUUGGCAGCGGAUCUCAUGAUCUCGUUGAAAUGUUCGGAGAUGUUAAGUUCGUCUGUAUGGGGGGUACUCCGAAACGCAUGGAACAGUUCGCAUACACUGUGAUGGCUGAGAUAGGUCACAAGCUUCCGUGCGGUACAACCUUACAAGAUAUAAGCCAGUUCUCAUACAGAUACUCCAUGUACAAAGUUGGCCCUGUACUAUGUAUCAGUCACGGUAUGGGCAUCCCAUCAGUGGGUAUCUUACUACACGAAGUCAUUAAGCUGAUGUACCACGCCAAGGUACGAGAUCCUGUGUUUUUCCGCAUCGGAACUUGUGGGGGCGUGGGUUAUGAAGGUGGAACGGUCAUCAUAUCAGAGGAUACUGUUGAUGGCGCGCUCAGGAAUGUUCUAGAAUUGACAGUUUUGGGCAAGUCCGUACAACGUCCGGCAAAGUUGGACAGGAGGCUGGCCCGCGAGCUGAAGGCUCUAUCCGACCCUGAAGAUCCUUACGACACGGUCAUGGGCAAAACUAUGUGCACCUACGACUUUUAUGAAGGUCAAGGUCGUCUGGACGGUGCCUUCUGUGACUUCACGGAGGCUGACAAGAUGGAAUAUCUCGAGAGCAUCCACAAAUCUGGCGUCGUCAAUAUAGAGAUGGAGUCACUGGCCUUUGCCGCUCUCACACACCACGCUGGGGUUAAGGCGGCCGUCGUGUGCGUCACGCUACUAGAUAGGCUUAAGGGGGACCAGGUUCUAGCGCCCAAAGAGGUCUUGGACGAGUGGCAACAACGUCCAACCAAACUUGUAUGCCGUUACAUGAAAAGGUAUUUACAAAUAAAAGGACGUCUCUCGUUGGACGGUCACGGAUCAGUGGCUGUCAAAAGUCCGCGGCGGUUCAAGCUAGUGCAGCAAGAAUCGGAGACAUACGAUUAAAUCGAUGCAAUUAUCGAUAACAUCGCCAACUAUCGAUAUAAACGAAGCUAUAUGAUUGCUUCACUAUUAAUUUAUUCCUUUGAUUUUUUAUUCAGUUCCUUAGUGGGACCAUCGAUGGAUGUGUCACUGCCAAUUUUGUAUGUGAUUUUUUGCACCUCGCUUUUAUUUUCAUUACUUUUAUAUAUUUUUUAUCACCGUCUUGUGAAUUAGUAGUGUUUUUUGAAGUUUAUUCAUAUUUUUAUCUAUCAUAUAUGAAAUCCGUAAUUAAUUUUUUAGAGUAAAUCCUUAGCUUUUUACUUAAUUAUAUUCUUAUAUUUUGGUUAACAUGCACCGUUGCAGCGGAGUCUAGUAGGUAGAACUAUUCAAUGUUAUAUAAUCGACAAAUAGUAAUAUAUUUGUUUAUUUAUUAUUCUUGAACGCAUAGAAAAUCUAUUAACCAGUGUCAGUCAUAAAAUAAAUAUGUCACAUAGAUAUAAAAAAUUACUAUAAUUUAUACAUAUCAUUUUAAUCUAUCAGCCUAAUAAUAAUAAUUUAAAUGUAAGGUCAGAAACAAACACAUUCCAUUCAUUGAACCAUUAUAUAUUAAAUGUUAAUGAAAACUGACCGUUAGUUGAUGUACUUUCUAAAGGUCCUGUGAGCACUUUCAAGGUUAUUUAAUUUGUUCUUAAUUAUUAAACAUUUGUAUUUCAGGCCAGUUAUAAAAUGUGUUCUAAAUUUGAUAUUUGAAUGUGUACGUUUUAACUAAAUGGCCGUUUUAGAUAUUACUCUAACUAAAAAGCAUUAGUUAAACAAGUGAGUUUUAUGAUAAUGUUAUUUAAGGACCACGUGUUUUAUUGAUCGAGAAUAUUAUUAACAAAAUAUGUAAAAGAUUUCUUCUAAAUUUAAACUUUUUUAAAAUUUAAAUUUAGAAUGUACCUACUGUGAAUUUUCAUAAUAAUUACGUUUCGAGUCCACAUUUAUAAUUCCUUACAAUAUUUCGUCAGACAUCCUGUUUUGAAUGUUAGAGAUGUUGAAGGAAAUUUAAAUACAUAUUUAAUCGGAUAAUAAGAGAAACAUCGAAGUUGUUGUAAGGCCAGUAACGAUGUCGCCUGUGUCUCACGUGCUUCCACGAGUGAUUCAUUACAAUAAAUACGAUUUUUCAUCGUCUACCUACAUAUCAACAGUUUCAAUAUUGAUCGUUCGUAAAUCUUAAAUAUUCGAAUAUUUAUCAAUAUGUAACGUUGAAAUUUUUCGAUGUUUAAGUCGACGAUGCAAACACGUAAUGUAUCCUUACUAUGAGUGUUGUAGUUAAUUGUCAAACUUUUCGUGUUUAGUCACUACCUAUUAAAACAAAAAUAAACGAAAACUGUUACGUUUCCCGUUAACUACAAAUCUCAUAGUAACGGCGUUUGUUAACACUAAUGAUUUUAAUGUUGCUAAUAAUAUUCAUGAGAGUUAAUGUUUCAAUAUGUAAAAUUGGAUGUUAAGUAAUGAAAUGCUGUUUAGAAAUUAAAUUUUUAUUAGAAUGUUAUUUAUAAGGAGUUGAUAUAAUUAAUGAAUUGUAAUCUUUAUAUAAGUUAAUGUUAAGACGUUACAUCGUGACCUAUCUUUGUGGCACCAAAAUUUAAUGAUAGUAUUAACAUAGCUCAUAGGUAUAAAUUAUUAAAAUGUUGAAUGCUUGUAGAGAGUUUGUGCUGAAUUAUUACUGUAAUCUUCACUCCUUUAUCUCGCUGUAAAAUAUUGCCGAUGUUUUUUGCUUGCAUUUAUUAUUAAAUUGGAUUUACAGAAAAUAUUUCAUAAAUAAAGAGGUCUUAUGGAAGAAUAAUAGUGGGCAGAAUAAUUUGUGCAUAACAGUGAAAAUUGAAAAAAAAUAAAUGUCAAAAAACUGUCAAAGUCACAAAUAACUGUUAUGGAAUGAAUUGCAAGCUACACAACAUCUAUUUUCCUGAUCUAGAUAUCCUUCUGUAUGCUUUUGAUUUCUCAAUUCUUUUUAUUGAAUUUUAUAAUUGACGCUGCACCAAUUGUCAUCGAGUAAAAAAAUACAGAUAUUUUUUAAAUUGAAUAUUUGAAGAGAAAUGUUAAAAUUGUUGGGAGCUCAAAAAGAUAAUGCAUACAAGUUCGUUAGAUCGGUAAAUUUUUUACGUUAUCUGUUGUGUGACAUACAUACAUAUUGAGCGUUGCGAACGCUUCCAUGUGUUAUAUAUUGAAUAAAGAGGUUUGAUUUCUGGAUUC